AAGACAACACCAGUUUUAGGCGCAGCCCAUCUUGCCAGACGCAUAAGAAUGAAGAAAUCUUUCGCCCUAUUGCUGAUAGCUUUUGCGACGAGUGUUGCUCAAACUGUAGUGCUACAAACCAGCUUGGGGAAAAUUCGCGGCCUGCUCCGAACCAGCAGGGUUAAUCCGAAUGUGAAAUUCUAUCAUUUUCUAGGCGUACCGUAUGGGUGCGCACCCGUUGGUAGUUUACGUUUUCAGGAGGCUGUACCGGUACCUCCAUGGACGAGAGUAAGAAAUGCCACGUUCCCGGGGAACAGAUGCGUGCAACUCAGUAAGGAGUUUGCUGGUGAUCAAGUGCUUGGAGAUGAAGACUGCCUGUCUUUGGACAUUGCCGUGCCAAUCACUGCCCGGAGAAAUCAUCGAAGGUUACCCGUAAUGGUGUGGAUACACGGUGGGUCAUUUCUAUUUGCAACAUCCUACGAAACUCAAGCCGAUCCUCUUAUGGAAGAAGCCGUUAUUGUAGUAAAUAUUCAAUACCGUCUUAAUGUCUUUGGAUUUUUAAGUACUGGAGAUGACUACGCGCCGGGAAACACGGGGUUGAAAGACCAAACCGCUGCGCUCAUUUGGAUACAAAAUCACAUACACAGCUUUGGUGGGGAUAGAAACAGGGUGACAAUAUUUGGGGGAAGCGCCGGUGGGGCAUCGGUACAAUUUCAUAUGCUCUCCCGCAGAAGUGAAGGGUUGUUCCAUAGAGCCAUAAGCCAAAGUGGGGUUACGUUCGGCACUUGGGUCUUCCAAACCAAGCCAAGAGAAAAACUCCGGCAAUUGGCGAACGCACUUGGUCUCGACCAUACCAAUUCGGCAACACUCGUAAGUCAAUUACAAGAGAUUCCUGCUGAUGUUCUCCUCAAGACCGCAUUUAACCAGUCUAUCACGGGUCCCUACUUAUUGUACGAUGAAGUGCCAUUCAAUCCCAUCGUCGAACACGAAAGCCCCACCGCAUUUUUGUCAAAACGAGCCUUUGAACUACUCCGACAAGGCAAUUUUGCAAAAGUGCCUUACAUGCUGGGGCAAGUAACGGAGGAAGGAUCAUUUCCAUACGGCUACAUCGACUCUGGUGCGAUUGACAUUGACGACUUUGAGAAGAAUCCAGAACUCUUCAUACCCAUAUCAAUGAACAUUCCCGCGGGACAUCCAUGUAUCAAAGAAACGGUCGACGCGAUUCACCAGUUCUUCUUCCACAAUGGAUCAUUCACCGAUAAAGCGAAUUGGAUUGCGACGAUGGGCCAAGAUGUACGGGGCAUCCAGAAGUCGGCCGAUUUGAUUUGCGGCAUAUACCGAAACUAUCCAAUUUAUUUUUACGUAUUUUCGUUCGUAGGUACGAAUAGCCUUAAUUACGCGGGAGGCGCGGGGCAUUACAGCGAAGUGUUAAAACUGUUCUACCCGGUGAAGGAGGAAUGGACGGUCGAUCCGACGGUAGCGGAUCGCCUUGUACAGAAAAGGCUCGUUAAAUUGUGGACUAAUUUCGCGUACACCGGGACUCCGACACCGCGACGCGAAAGCGCGCUGCAGAAAGUCAACUUGCCGACGUUUUGCGAUAGGAAAUCUUAUUUGGACAUUGGCGAUGAUUUAGUGGUUAAACAUUACCCGAGCCGUGAUGUAUAUAACUUUUGGGAGGGUAUUUUUGAAAAAUGCGGAUUUCCACCAUAUAAUACUUAUUGAAAGAUAAGUGUUAUAUAAGUACCUAUAGUAC